AUUCGAAGAGCAAAUGUCCAAAAAGUGCAGCGUACGCUCCUUGAGCGACAGCUCCCUGGCCGAGCUGGCCAAUUUGCUGGUGUCCACAAUUAGCUAUGUACAAUAUGCGCCCGAUGUCCAACUGGACAUCAGCAUCGUGAUGGUCGAGCUGAAUGAGUAUCUGGCGCAGGCGGGCGCCACAUCCAAUAUCUAUCAGGAUCUGCUGCGCGUCAUACUCAGCUCGGAUUAUCUGGAGGCCAAUAUGCGUUUCAUUUGCCUGCAAAUGCUGCUCAAUUGUAGCGUACAUUUUCUGGUCACCGAGGUCUUUCCGCCCAGCUACUAUGAGAAGAUCCUGCAGGUGAUUGCCGCCCAGGGCGCCGGGCUGCGUGUCCUGAAUCUGAAGGGCAUUUGGGUGAAGGACGAUCACAUGCACUACAUGUACGAGAUAGUGCGGCGUUGCAAGCAGCUCAUCAAGCUAUAUGUGCCCUAUAUAGCCAACGAUCAGCUGCUGGAGGAGAUUGCCGCCAAUUGCACACGCCUGCAAAUACUGGACAUAUCGGGCGAAACGGACAUCACAGAGAUUGGCAUCGAUUGGCUGGCCAAGGGCGCCUGCGCACAGUCGCUGACAAUUGUUGACGUGGGCAUGCCCGGCGAGGAGAACAUAUGCUAUUCGGACAUAGCGCUAAUCCUGGAGCAUUGCCAUCAUGUGGAGACGCUGUCCACCUAUUCGUUUGUGGGCGCAGCGCUCAAGUUCAUACACGAUCACAUUGACAACAGCUUCCAGUGCCGCCUGAAAUAUGCCCACGACACGGCCACGGAUGAGGCCACGCUGAAUGUCAUGAUGCAGACGUGUCCGCAGCUGGAGACACUCUAUCUGGACUCGCCCAAGCUGGGCGCAUUGCGCGCCCUGCAGACGCGCACGUUGCGCAAACUCAAGAUUUGUAAAUUUAUUGUCGCCGAGCUGCUGUCGCUGUUGGAGCGUCCGAUUGGACGCAAUUUGCGGCAUCUGACCAUGAUCAAGGGCACCGGCAAUCUGGAGCUGGGCAAAUUGGCGCGCCUCUGUCCCACACUCAUCGACUUGGACUGCUAUGUGAUCGAGAGCCUGUCGUAUGCCCAGACCCAGGCGCGUUUCCAGCAGCUGGAGAGCCUCGAGAUACUCAGCUGCGACAUGCUGACCAGCUCACUGAAGGCGUUCCUCUGCAAUACGACAGACCUGAAGCGUCUCGCCGUGGAUUCCGUGGACUUUAACGAUGAGGAUAUUGUUAGCAUGUUUGUGCAGCACGAUUUCAAGGUGCUGGAGGAUAUUUGGUUUACGCUGGCGCCAGAGCUCACUGUACAGGCCGUGGAGCUUCUUAUGGACAGCUGCCCGGAGCUGCAGUCUGUCGGCCAAUUGACCGGCUGGUCGCUGUCGCCGGAUGAUUUGUCCUUGAUUCGCGGACUGCUUAAAAGUGGCAAUUCCAGCCUUGUGCUGACUUCCAACGGUUUAUUGGCUUGAAACAUAAUAAUAAUAAUAAUAAUUUGUAGUGCAGUGUAUUUGCUGCCUAUUGAAAUGCCUUACACUUUUUGAAUUUCUGCUCUUUGCAGCGCUCGCUGGCAACGUCGCCGCGUGUAUCAAAUAUUGUUAUAAUAUAAUA